GCCCUGCGAUGACCUGUAUACCCUGAUGUUGCGCCAGUGAAGGAACCAUGCUGUGCUGCUGUCGACGACGGUGUUAUCGGGGAACAUAUAGGCAACUAUUGCUUUCCGCGAUAUUGCAUCAGUUCUCAUUCGUUUCACAGGUUGUUAUGAACCUCUCAGCAGUGCUUGUGCUGCGACCUUUCCAAAAGGCGGAAUCGACUUGGGAGGAGCGGACACAGAUGAGAACUCCUAGUGCACAAAAUCAGUCUCCAAAAAUCAACAUCUCAUGUCUCUAUGAAACUGCUGUUAAACUUGAAGUCGUUGUUGAUAUGGGCAUGAAAUGCUUUGAAUCAUUGCGUGGUCCCUGCUGAGGACGUCCUUCGCGAAGUUCUUGACUGUCUGGAGUGGAGAUGAUUUGCACCCACCAAUUAGCGCCUAGGAAGUCUCGGGUUGAACCGUUGAGGAGUAUGCGUCCUUUGGUGUAUCGUGCCACGCUGGAGCAAUAAGUAGCCGAAAUUGUGCGGCCUGACCCCUUGGCUUUCCAAGGUUUUCUUUCUUGCGUUGGAAACGGACUCAACAGCACUCAAGCAACACUCAGUUUUUCCAUCUUGAAGUUAGCUAUGGGACUACACUUGAAUCAAUCCCAGCGUCUAGAGUUGGUGAUUUCUAUAUCGCUGUGUUUCUUCAUUGCAGAAAUAUCUGUUGGAUUCUACACAAAAUCUCUUGCCCUCGUCGCAGAUGCCUUCCAUUACCUAAAUGAUCUAAUCGGAUUCGUCGUCGCAUUUGCUGCUUUGAAGAUCUCCGCAAAGAAAAACUCACCCCAAGACCUUUCCUUUGGCUGGCAACGCUCUCGACUCCUCGGUGCAUUUUUCAACGGCGUUUUUCUUCUCGCCUUGGGUGUCAGCAUUUUUCUACAAUCCAUCGAACGAUUUGUUUCCCUCCAGCCGCUUCUUUCCUUCACGGUCGGUCCCUACAAACUUAAUCCACGCUGGUUAUCUGCUGAUUUCUUUCUCCUUCCAGAACACGAUCACUCCCGCAAUGAGCUUCCAGGCGCCGCUGAUACACCGGUGAAUACAGAGGACGGGACAGGCCAGGUCUUUGCAGUGCACGAUAACCACCGACACAAUAAUCUCCAGCCAACAAAGAAAGGGUAUGAUCUCGGAAUGCUCGGUGUUCUGAUACAUGUGCUUGGCGACGCUGCCAAUAAUGUUGGCGUCAUCAUCUCCGCGCUCGUAAUUUGGCUCACUACAUACCCGGCUCGAUAUUACGCGGACCCAGCUGUUAGUAUGGCUAUUGCGAUUGUCAUCCUUACAACGUCGAUCCCUCUAGUGAGGAAUUCAGGCAAAAUCCUACUUGAAAGUGUCCCGAAGGGUAUCAAUCUAGGCGAUAUCCGACACGAUCUCGAAACUAUCCCGGGUGUUUUGUCCGUACACGAACUCCAUGUAUGGCAUCUUAACCAAGAGAAAGCUCUGGCAUCAGUCCACGUCGCCAUUUCCAACGAGACUGUUUCCGAUUUUGUGCAGAUAGCAAAGACCAUGAAUGAUUGUUUCCAUAGCUAUGGGAUUCAUUCUGCUACGGUGCAGCCGGAGAUGGGAUCGAUUCUGACCUCAGGGAGCGCGACGAGCGUUGACGGUCAGGACGACUGGUCGCAGUUGUGUCAGGUUAAAUGCGGUGCUUCUUGUGAAGUGCUGACCUGCUGUGGUUAGUGCUACCUACUUAUACGCAAAACAUAUCAAGGUAUAGUCGUGAAGUUUGGAUUAAAGUAUUAGAGGGGUAAUUCGUUCAGGUGAACGUUCGAUGAUGAGAUUACUUAGACGGCACCGUAUUAGUUGAGAAAAAAAUCAUCCAAGGAAGGGGACAAUCAAUCUAGCAUUUGACGUUUCAAAUGAUGCCGAACCUUCAAGUUAGACAAAAAUAAUAGUCGGAAGGAGAUUCUAGGACCCUACUACUUUAGAGCUCUAAAAAAUCCACUAGAAUUGAAGAGAUCAAGUCAGGGGUAAACAUCUAUUUAGCCCUUUGAUCCGUUAAUCCUAGGUAUUCCUAUAUUGGGAAACAAAAGAGAGAUUAAGGAAACAGAGUAGACACGG